GCUCGGUACGUGCCCUUUGUCUCCGGGUGGAGCAGCUUUGGUGACAGAUGGGUGUGUCUGAGCUAUAGAGGAUAGUAACAUAACACGUGUGUCGCUGAGUAACUCAGACGGUGUGGCUGCGGUGAGUCACCAGCCUACUACGGCUGCGAGGUAACGCUUCUGUACUAAGAAAGAACAGACUUGAAGGGGCAAAGGACCGGACAGGAUGAAUAACGAUACAGAAUUGGCUGGUGGAACUGCAGCCGUGCUGCUCACUCCCGAACUGCAGGAGUACGAGUUCGAGCGGCAGUUUGAUGACCGAGGAGCCUUGGAAUGGAUGCAGCAGAACUGGACUCGAUGUUUUGCGUUCUCAGCCAUCUAUGUCAUGUUGAUCUUUGGUGGUCAGUAUUUGAUGAGAGAACGCACGAAAUUUGAACUUCGGAAACCACUAAUCCUGUGGUCUUUAACACUUGCUUUAUUUAGCAUACUAGGUGCCUUAAGGACAGGCUGGUACAUGUGGCAAGUUCUCACAACCAGUGGGUUCAAGCAGUCAGUGUGUGACCGGAGUUUCUACAGUGCACCAGUGAGCAAAUUCUGGGCAUAUAUGUUUGUUCUGAGCAAGGCUCCAGAGCUUGGUGAUACAGUUUUCAUUAUCCUUCGAAAGCAGAAGCUCAUCUUUCUACACUGGUACCAUCAUAUCACUGUGCUUCUUUAUUCCUGGUACACGUACAAGGACAGAGUUUCAGGUGGUGGCUGGUUUAUGACCAUGAACUUUGCUGUCCAUGCCGUUAUGUAUUCAUACUAUACUCUCCGUGCUGCACAGGUCCCCUUGCCUCGCAGCUGUGCUAUGCUAAUUACUGUGACACAAAUUUCACAAAUGGUCAUGGGCAUGGUGGUAAAUGCCUUAGUUUAUAAUUGGAUGGGAACUAGUGACUGCUUUUCUCAUAGCGAGAACAUCUUGUGGUCCUCUGUCAUGUACCUCAGCUACCUCUACCUCUUCUGCUCAUUUUUCUACAGCACAUACUUGAAGAGUUCAAAAGGGGUAAAGGUUGAUUAAAAUCUAGAUUUUAAUGGAUAAAAAGAUAUUUAUUGACUGAAAUUCCAUUGAAACAGUUUUGUUCUUUUGAAUGCUGCUUAACUGUUGUAUACUUGCAUUCAAAAGAAAAGAAAAUUUAGAAAAUUAAUUUUUUUCUUCUGCAGCAAUGCAUCUGUUCUUCUACUAGUCUGAUUAACUUCAGCAUGGUCAUUUAUUGUUAAAGUGGCAGAACUAAGUGUGUCCUUUCUGUGACAUAUUACUAGUAAAACAAAUUUCCGAUUACUGAAGAUCCCAUGAGUUUAAUUUAACUCUGGUUCAGUUUUAUUGUGGUUUCAUUUCUUUUAGGUGUCUUGCGGGUUAGCCUUAGCAACUUAGGCUAUUUAUAAAAGUGUAGUUGGUUUCUUGGCCGGUGUUACCCAGUAUAGAUCUUUCAGAUGUUUGCAGUCUACGAUUAAAUAAUUUUUUUCUAGGACUUUGAUCAAAAUUAUGGUAAUGUUGCAACCUGAAUGCGCCACUUGGAUUCUUCAUUCAAGGUCAGAUUGUCAUUUUUGUGCAGCAGAAAAGUCUUCCUGGAAACUAAAGGCAAUUUCCACAAUGCACUAUUUCCACUGAUGUAAAAACCUAAUGCCAGAUGUUUCUGCUCAGAAAUACAAAGAAUAUUUCUUGGUGGACAUCAAAACAUGAGUGAUUGGAGCAAAUUUUGAGAAAGUGGGAAAGACAAAAGGAUUUAGAACUGAUGUAUGUAUUAAUUACCGGAGUACUUAUUUAAUGGUAAGGACAUUAAUUCAAUUAUUUUUACAGUCCAAGGUUCAGCCUGUGAAAAUGAUGUAGAAUACUCCCUGUAAUCACCCUUCUAAAGUCCAGAGUGUGGUUUACUGUGACCACUAUUUCAACAGAUAUUGAUGACCUUGUGCAAGUUCCAAAGUGAAAGUGGAACAAAAAAUGCUGCUGCUUAUUUAGCAUUGAUUCUAUGCUAUGAUGAAAUCUCACAGUAUACAUUUUAGUUAUUCAGUCAUGCUGUUCAAGUAUUUUACAGAGAAAAACAAUUAAUUGGAACAGAGGGAUUUUCCAAAAAGUGAAGCUAUUAAGCUUUUCCUGUUAACCUUGGGAACGGCAUUCCAUGAACCAAGUAUCCUAUACUGUUAGAUCUUGCUGUUCUGGGUUUACUUUUCUUUGUUUUCUGAUACCUCAAAACUAUGCAUAUGUGAAAGAGUAUGAAGCAGGUUAUCACAAGGCACCCAUAUUUGGUUGCUAGACCUCUUGUAGCCAUGGAUGCUUUUCUUCUAUACUUAUUGAGCCCACAGGAAGCUGCUAAAAAGUUCAGUUUGCAUGUAUGCAGACUUCCUCCCUUGAAAAGAGUUAAACAGUGACACUUAGGACCCACUGCAAAAAUAUGAAUAAUGGAGGUUUGGAAAAUGUAAGUUGCAUUUCCAAUGCUUCAUCAAAAUUAAACUUGUUGAAUUUUCAAAUGGAUGAAACAAGCCAUCCAAAGCUUCAUUUGGAGAAAAGCAAUAGGAAAAUAUUUUUUAUAGGGAAGCACAAAAGUAAUCUGCGUGUAUGGUACUGAAAGUUCACAAAUAAAAGAUUUUUACAUUUUAGUCUUGCGUAAAGAAUAACACUUCAGGAUGUACAAAGUACUGAUUUAGUCCAUAAACAGUGCUGGGAGGCUACCUUUCAAGAUUUUCAAUCAGUUUCAAAGAACAAAGAAAAAUACUACAUAUAUACCUUUCUUAUUGAUUUCGUGCAUACAGAACUUUGAUGUAACAUAGCUUUUAAUUAAAUAUUUUAUGUCCUUGUAAAUCCUAGUUCAGAGCUUCGUGUGAACACUUGACAGAUAUGCUUUUUGUUUUUAAACAUAGACCACUAGGUCUUAGAAUUUAUCUUUUGAGCUUGUAACAUUCAGUACCAGUACAUGCUGUCUUACAGACAUCCUAGCAGUGAUUCAUUCCCCCAGCCUGAGAAGGCCAGAGCGUACUCUAUUAACAUUCUGAAACCAGAUUCUUUAAACAUAGUAUAAUAUCAUGACAUCUCUUAACUCCUUCAGCACUUUGCCUUCAGUUAUCUGUCAGUAAACUUUAAUUUGCUAAUAAAGACAGUGCAGUUGUAAGGCACUUGAAGUAUAAAGCCACAGCAUAUGUGAAUCUAUUUUGCAUAAUCAUGCAUCUGUUUUACUUUUUGAUUUUAACGUAAACAUAUAAACAUUUUG